GUUUAUUAAAAUUUAUACUCUUUCUUUUUAUUAUACAAUUUUUAAUACAUUACUCUUCAAUGUAUUUUUAUUUCAUAUGGUAAUUAAGUUUCUGUAUUUUUCGAGAAAUCUUGGAAUCAUUUUUUGGUCAAAAUCUAGUCAAAAUCUGUUACAUCUUCCUUUUCAGUUAUAUUGUGAAAAUUUCACCACACAUUUUGAAAAUUUCCAGACCCAUUUUCUCUGUGUUGCCAUCGCUGGGCCGUUGCUCGAUUUCAUCGCGUUUGAAUUGAAGUGCGUCGCACAUGGCAAGACGCGCGGUGAAAGUUUUUCGGUGUUCGAAAAACCACCCAGUGCGCUGUGGCACCCCCAAACGCCAUUAUUUUCUCUGGCUGUUCCGCUAAAUUCCACGACAAUAUUCGUGAUUCACGCAUUCGCAGCGCGCUCAAUCACGCCAGAACCCGCGUGAAAUUGUGUCCAGUGCCGUGUCGGUGGUGUGCAGUGUGGGUCUGAGUCAGUGUGAGGUGAACGAGGGCUGCGAUGGGCUGCAACGUGAGCACCAGCUCCAAGGAGGCCGAGGAACGCUCCCGGAAGAUUGAUCGGGCUCUGCGAGCGGAGGGGGAGCGCCAGGCGUCGGAAGUGAAGCUCCUGCUUCUAGGCGCUGGAGAGUCUGGCAAAUCGACUAUCGUGAAGCAGAUGAAGAUCAUCCACGAGUUGGGCUACACACAGGAGGAGUGCGAGCAGUACCGUCCGGUGGUGUAUAGCAACACAAUCCAGAGUCUGAUGGCCAUAAUUCGGGCGAUGGGACAGCUGAGGAUAGACUUUGCCGAUCCCAGCAAGACUGACAUUGCGCGGCAGUUCUUCACAUACGCCUCAGCGGCCGAAGAGGGCGUCCUAACGCCAGAACUGGUGCAGUUAAUGAAAAAACUGUGGAGCGACAUGGGCGUGCAGGCGUGCUUCUCGCGAUCGCGCGAGUAUCAGCUUAAUGACUCGGCGGCGUACUACUUGAACUCCUUGGAUCGCAUCUCGCAGCCCAAUUACGUGCCCACGCAGCAGGACGUGCUGAGGACGCGCGUCAAGACCACAGGAAUUGUGGAAACGCACUUCAGCUUCAAGAACUUACACUUCAAGAUGUUUGAUGUCGGCGGUCAGAGAUCAGAGAGGAAAAAGUGGAUUCACUGCUUUGAGGGUGUCACAGCAAUAAUCUUCUGUGUAGCCUUAUCAGGAUAUGACUUGGUCCUGGCUGAGGAUGAGGAGAUGAACAGGAUGAUUGAAUCUAUGAAGCUCUUCGAUUCGAUUUGCAAUUCCAAGUGGUUCGUGGAGACAUCGAUAAUUCUGUUUCUCAACAAGAAGGACCUCUUUGAAGAGAAGAUCACGCGAUCACCGCUCACAAUUUGCUUCCCAGAAUACACAGGUGCAAACACGUACGAAGAGGCUUCGAGUUAUAUCCGGAUGAAGUUUGAGAAUCUCAACAAGAGGAAAGACCAAAAAGAAAUCUACACGCACUUGACGUGUGCGACAGACACCAACAAUAUCCAGUUUGUCUUUGAUGCCGUCACGGAUGUGAUUAUCAAGAAUAAUCUUAAAGAUUGUGGACUAUUUUAAGAAUGAA